AUGUACAAAGAAAUCAUUUUUAUUCUUCUAUUAAAAAUAACAAUAAUCAAUUGUUAUACAUUUCAAUCAUCCAUUGAUAAUUUAUUAUAUAUACAAAAUACUUCAACUUUAUUUGCAAUAUCUUCAUCACAUUUACAUCAAUUACAUUGGUCAACAACAAAUCAAAAUUUAUUAUUAUUACAUAGACGUGUUCAACUUCAUUCAUCUAUUGAUAAUACUGAAUAUGGUGUUAGUGUUUUUGUUUAUGAUCAUAUAAAACAAUUAUUAAUUAUAUGUGCACGUUCAUUAAUUGGUCGUUGUAUAUUAUAUGAUGCAAAUGAUAUAAGUCGAAUAUAUUUACUUGAUUCAACUCUUGAAACAAAUUAUCUUGGUUGUUUAUCUGGUUGUUAUACAUUUAUAUCAUCAAAUAUAAUUCGGUCAGCUUUGAGUGGAAAUCGUGUUGAACGUAAUGGAAAUAUAAUUAAUUCACAAAUAGAAAUCGGUAAAGAUUUACUUAGUUAUAAUAUUAAAUAUCAAUUAGAAUCAAGUGAUAAUACAUUAGUAACAUCAUUAACAUUUUUACCUGAACGUUUAGCUAAAAAACAUAAUUAUGAAUAUGUAUAUGGUUUUGAUUAUGAACAAUAUACAUAUUAUAUAUUAAAAUCAUCACGUAUUGCACGUUUAUGCCAAUCAUCAAUAGUUAUGCAUGUUACAUAUGAUGAAAUACCAAUAUUAAAUUGUUUUAAUGAUAAAAAUUCAUCUAUUAUAACAGGUGCUUUUCAUUCAUUUAAUAAAAUAGAUAAUUUAUUUAUUUUAUUUGAUAAUUUUGUUUGCAUUUAUUCAAUGAAUGAAAUCAUAAGUGCAUUUAAAGCAUCGAAAAUUCAAUGUCAAGCUGGAAAUGGUUAUCGUCUUUCACAUAUUGUCGAUAGUAUUGAAUUACGACCAAUAUGUGAAAAAACACUUGAACAAAAUCUAACAGAAUUCAAUGAGUGUACAUGGCAACCAUAUCGAACAAAUACUUAUAUUGAUGGAACUGUAGGUGCUGUUGGAGAUUUAAUUUAUCAAACUAUGAGAAAUGAUAUUAAAAUUGAAUUUAUUUUUGCUCAAGAUAAUAUCGUAAUUAUGGGUAUGAAUGAACGACGUAUUUUAAAAUCAAAUCAAACAAAACUUUAUCUUUUACAUGAAGCUAUUUAUCAUAAUGAACCAUUUAAUAGUCAAUAUGUUAUCGAUUAUGAACAUGAAUCACUUAUCUUUGCUGUUGCUUCUGAGUUACAUCGUUAUGCAUAUAAUUCAUGUUCACUUUAUGAUACAUGUCAAUCAUGUGUUGGUAGUCGACGUUACGAUAGUAAAUCAUGUAUAUGGUUCGAUGGUAAAUGUUCCUUAUCAUCAAAUUCGUUAAUAUUUGAUCGUGGAUGUCCACCGUUAAUUGAUCAAAUUAAACCAAUGAAUAUUAGUAUCAAUACUGAACGACUUUUAUUAAAUAUAACUGGUUCAUUCGAAGGUGUUAACGCACAUUUGAUUAAAAUUAUUGUUAGAUUUCCUUUACCAAAUCAAAAUCAAUUUUUAUGUACGAUUGAAACUAUUCGAAAUGACAGUUUAUUAUGUAGUUUAUUUAUUCCCAAGCAACCUGUUGACGGAAUUAUUUCUGUUGAUAUUAAACCUGAACGUACAUUAUCUAAGGGUGAUACGGAUGUAUCUGGUACAAUUGAAUUAACAGAAAAAUUCAAUGUUUAUGUACCAAAACCAAUUCUCAUACCUAAUUUUGGUCCAGCUGCUGGUGGUACCAAAAUUCGAAUUCAAAAUUUAGCUUUUGAUAAUAAUUUAGAUUUAUUUUCAACAAUGAAAAUUUUUUUAGGAAAACAACAAUGUCAUAUAACUGAAGUAACUACAAAUGAAAUUGUAUGUAUAAAUCAAGCAUGUGUAAAUGAUAUCGAACAAUUAGAAUUAAGUAUUCAAGUAAAUAAUCAUAUAUGGCAAUUAGAAAAAACAUAUUUUCAAUGUAAAAGUGAUCCUAUGGUACUUGAUUGGUAUCCAAAACAAUCUAUUUUAAGUGGUGGUUUUAAAUUAAUUGUAAAUGGUGAAAAUUUAGAUGUUGUACAAAUGCCAAUGAUGAAAUUUGUUUACAAUAUUUCGGAUUAUGAAUUCAUUUCAUUAUGUGAAUCAAUUACAAGUUCACAAAUGAUUUGUUUAUCACCUAGUAUUGAUAAAAAUCUUGGUCUAAAUCCACCAAUUAAUCUUUAUGUAACAUUUAUUAUGGAUAAUAUUAAAAUAAUACCUGAAGAUAAUAUUUUAAUAAUUGUUCAUGAUCCUAUUUAUUAUCCAUUUGAAGAUUAUAUUCAAGAAAUAAAUUCAACAAAUAUAAUCAAAUUUGAAGGUUCAAAUCUUGCAUCAACACAUACAAUUGAUUUAAUUAAUGUACGAAUAGAUCAUAUAAAUAAUGCUUGUAUACCAUUUAAUUUAACUAAUACAUAUCUAAUGUGUUUAAUAUCGAAAUUUGCUUUAAAUACUAUACAAGAUUUUGAAGCAAAUGUUGAAAUUCGAAUAGGAACAAAUUUAACAUUUUUAAUUGGUAAAAUUAUCUUACAAAAUUCUACUCAAUCAUCAUUAUUACCUGCUUCAUACAUAACAAAACAAAUGGGUUUAUGGACAAUGAUUAUUUUAAUAAUAUUAUCAUCAAUGACAAUAUUAAGUCUAAUCUUUCUUUUAGUUAUAUUAAUUCGUCGUCGGUAUUUUUAUUCAUCAGAAAAAUAUCAUAAACAAAAUAAACCACCACAAUUUUAUCAAGAUGUUUGGUGUGAAUUAGGAAAAAAAUGGCAAAUUCAUCCAAAAUAUUUAACAAUAGGUGAAAAAAUUGGUCAAGGAUGUUUUGGUGAUGUUUAUAAAGGUGUACUAAAACAAAAUGAUAAUAAAACAAUUGAAGUUGCUGUCAAAGUUUUACGUGAUCAAAAUGUCGCAUCCAUGCAUGAGUUUUUAUUUGAAGCAAAUCGUAUGAAAGAUUUUUCACAUCCAAAUGUUCUUUCAUUAAUUGGAGUUGCAUGGGAUUCAGUACGUAAAGCUAUGGUACUUUUACCAUAUAUGAAAAAUGGUGAUCUUAGAAGUUAUAUAUCAAAUGAAAAAAAUCGACCAACUGUAAGACAAUUAAUUACAUGGGGUAUUCAAAUAGCUGAUGGAAUGGAAUAUUUAUCUUCACUUAAAUUUGUUCAUCGAGAUUUAGCAACAAGAAAUUGUAUGCUUGAUGAAAAUCUCAUAUGUCGUAUAUCUGAUUUUGGUCUUAGUCGAGAUGUUUUUGAUAGAGACUAUUAUCUUGUACCACGAACAACAACAAAAGAAAAAGAUGGAUUCGCUAUUCAGAUACCACCAAGACGUUUACCUAUUCGAUGGCUUAGUCCGGAAUCAAUUGAAACAUCAAGAUAUACAUUUCAAUCUGAUGUGUGGUCAUAUGGUGUACUUCUUUGGGAAUUAUUGAGUCGUGGUAAAACACCAUAUCCUGGCAUUGAUAAUGCUGAUAUUUUUACGUAUGUUAAAAAUGGUUAUCGUCUUCCUCAACCUACUUAUUGUCCUCAAUUACUGUAUAAAUCAGCAAUGAUUCUUUGUUGGCAAACUGAUCCAGCUCAACGUCCAUCAUUUAAACAACUUGCUCAAGAUAUUCGUAAUAUAUUACAUGAACUUGAAAUAGAACAACAACAAUAUAAACAAUAUUUACAACAACACAAACAACAAACAUCAUCAGCUGAUGAUGAUACAACUAUUGUUGAACGAUAUUCAGCUGAUCGACGAAUAAAACGAUUAUCAACAACAUCAAUGUCAUCAUCUGGAAGUAUGGGUGGACAAUAUAUAACAACACCGCAUCGUCAAUCAGAAAAUAUACAAUUAUUAUUUGAUCGUGAUGGAGAUGAUGAAGAUGCAUAUGCUGUUGCAAUUAAUUCAAGUGCUGAUAUUUUUAGUACGACUAGGUUAUUGCCUAAGUAUACAGAAACAAGCAUUGCUGAAGAUGCUUAA